AUGGAUCUCGCUGGCGAAUGCUGCCUGCCAAUUUUGACCGGUGUUAUUCUGGUCAAUGUUGCUCAUGGUGGCCUCCUAGACUAUGAAGCUGUUAAAUCCUCUCCUGAAUCUGGACAUUUGGGUGGUCUGGGAAUUGACGUUGCAUGGACUGAGCCAUUUGAUCCAGAUGAUCAAAUUCUUAAGCAUCCUAAUGUGCUGAUCACACCUCAUAUUGCUGGAGUUACUGAAUAUUCCUACAGAUCUAUGGCAAAGGUUGUUGGAGAUUGUGCUCUUCACUUGCAUGCUGGAACACCAUUGACAGGAAUAGAGUUUGUCAACUGA